AGGAGCAAAAACCUAAUCUCCAGCAACCUCGACUUCACACAUCUGCCCAGCAUGGCGGUCAGCCCGGAGAACUUCUUGCAUCUUGCGCGUCCUCUUGCGCCAGCCUCUCUCGGAGUCACUACCUCUACCGCGCCCUUGAAUGUUGUCAUCCAGCCAAGUGCCGUAUUCUCUAUCCUAGACCACUCUAUUCGCCGCGAUGAUUCGCAGACUCAAGCUACCAGGGUGAUCGGAGCACUUCUGGGAGUCAGAUCGGAGGAUGGCAUGGAGGUGGAGGUCAGAAACUGCUUUGCAAUCCCUCACACCGAGAACGAAGACCAGGUCGAAGUCGAUGUUGAAUACCAGAAGAACAUGCUUGCUCUGCAACUGAAAGCGAAUCCCAGAGAAGUCUUACUUGGAUGGUACACAACGAGCCUUGCACUCAACAACUUCAGCGCUCUAAUCCAGAACUUCUUCGCGAGCCCCGAGACUGGAACCUUUCCCCACCCAGCUGUUCAUCUCACUAUCUCGACCGAGGCUGGAAAGGAUAUUGAGGCAAAGGCAUACAUUAGUGCACCAGUUGGAGUCAACGCUGAGCGCGCCGCCGAGAGCUGUCUCUUCAUCCCAGUGCCAUACGAAAUCCGAUAUGGCGAGGCUGACAAGAGUGGUCUUGAAUUAAUCUCAGGAGCCAAGGAUAGCGAGAGCCGAGCUGCGCCUGUUGUGUCGGAUAUUGAGGGUUUGGAACGUGCUGUGGACCAGACAGUUGACCUCCUUGAGCGCGUAUCAGAUUACGUCAAUUCGGUUCUGGACGAAGAAAGGGAACCUUCGAAUGCUCUGGGACAGUUCCUCAUGAACGCCUUGUCCCUGUCACCAAAAGUUGACCCACAAGACAUAGAGCGGGAUUUCAACAACCAUAUCCAGGACGUCUUGGUCGUUUCUUACUUGGCAAACACUAUUCGUACCCAAAUCGAGCUCUCUCAAAGACUGGCUACGGCUACUCUCACUAUGGGAGGGUCGGACGCUGUGGCAGCAACUGGAGGGGAGAGUGGUAGUGGAGAGAAGAGUCAACGCGGAGGACGAGGCGGCAAAUCUCGUGGGGGUGGACGAGGUGGACGAGAGACAAGAGAGCCUAACGAGUAGAUCAGAUUUGUGAUCAUGAAACAUUUCCAAAUUCCAUGCAUUUCACUGCAGCUUGUACAGAAAUGGAAAAAGUAAGGCGUUUACGGCGGGCAAUGCUUUGGUGCCUCAUAUAGAAUUACCAUACUCGAUGAAU